AUGGAUAAUGAAUCGUUUUGGGGUUGGCUAAAUUGUACGAAACGUUCAACUGGUUGUAAUUGUGAAUUCUACGCGGAGAAAAUCGGAAAAUUUUGCACCUACAAUGUUUGCAACUACAUUUUUAGCUUUUGCAAUAAACUCAAAACUCCUGAUUCUGUUCCGUUUAUAGCAUUCGUUCUAUAUGACCGUUUCCUAUGCUUUGAGCUCCAAUCUAUUUUUAGGUCUUGUCACAAUAUUGAUACAGCACAGGUUAAACGAGUACUUUUGCGAAAAAAGAAGGACAUUAUUCUUCACUUGUAUUCGGUUAUUCAAUUAACAACCAAGAGUGUUGAUAGAAGAAAGGUUCUCAAGGCAUCUGCCCUACAGAAAAUUUUUAAAAAAUCGUCGAUGGAAGUGGACAUUGAGCAUAUUAUUAAUUCUGAAGCUUAUGUCUUGGGGUCUUUGCAGGAUGGCCUGCAUUGUUUCGAUUUGCUUACGUCCGUGGAAUUCUUCACUUGUUUGAAUGAUCGCUUUGCGACUAAAGUUAAUCUAGAAAAUGUCGUGGAUGUUCUUUAUGUUAUAUCUGCCAAUUUGUCGAAACUUCGAAGUGAAAUCCACUUGGUCUUCCGAAAAAACAUUCAACCACACAUUUGUCUUCGAAUACUCACCGCAUCAGCCAUUGUAUGUGCGGCUUUGAAGUCCUCACAGUUGGCUCUUGCCUACUCCCGAACGUGUUCUUCUUUACUAACGUGUUCUGUCGACGAACUAUUGGCAGUUGUUCAUUGUAUACUGUGCUUAUUUUGA